GUUUGUUGUUUAAAAAUUAUAUUUCUCGGCAAAAAAGCUCCCAGGACUCAGAAUAAGCCAUCCGCUCCAAGAAUAACUUCUAAUAGAUUAGCUAGUAGUGGAGAUUCUCAAAGGAUAGAAGAAUUAAACAGCCAGAUGGCUGAACUUAAGCUAACGGUGGAAGGCCUGGAAAGAGAACGUGAUUUUUAUUAUGGAAAGUUACGAGAUAUUGAAGUUCUUUGCCAAGAGCAAGAACAUACUGAAGAUAAAAUGGCUUUAAUAGAAAGAAUUUUGGAAAUCUUAUACGCAACAGAGGAAGGUUUUGCGGUUCCAGACGACUUCACUGAAGAUGCUAUACCACCUCAAAAUGACGAAGAUGAAUAUUAAUAUCAGCUAUACUUCUUUCAUUUCCAAUACAGUGUUCGUCUGCUUUCUUUCAUAUAUAUACAUGUAUGAAGUAGAUUUGCUGGUUUAAUGUGUUCCGCAAUCUGAAAACAACAACAACAAAAAGUUAUGCUGAAUUAUUAGUAAUUGUGUUUAUAUAUCCAAUUUAGUCUUUGUCGUUUCCGGCAUAAUAUAAAAAUUAUGGAAAAGCUACAAACUGUUACCAGAAUCGCAAAAUACAGUAAUUUAAAAAUAAAUUACAAAUAAUAUAUAUAUAUACAUAUAUAUAAAUAUUUAAAAAAUGGAACAAAAUAAUAAUAAAAUGCUUCAAACGAUUUUAAAAACUAAAUAUAAAAAUCAAUAAUUAUUUAGUUACUAAACUAACGACCGGCAUAAUUAUUGUAUAGUUAAAGACUGACGUAUUUUCUAGAAGCCAAUAUUAUGGUGCUUCUUCGUGUUAAAUCUUCUCAUUAUCAUCGCAUGUUCUAUUGAGGAUCGCUUUAUUCUUUUUUGUAUAUGUUAGUACAAAUAUAUAUAUAUAGAUGCAAAUCUCUUAAUUCAUCACUUUCUAUGAUUUAAUAUCGGAUAUUAUUUCUCGUUAAUUGUAAAAUAAUGCAUAUUAAUUUAUAGUAGUUAUGUAGUGUUUUUAUUUGUUUAUAGAAUUGUUAUCUACAUUAUUGUUAAGUGAAUUAUGUUUUAUUGUACACAAUUUUACAUGGUACGGUACUCUUAACUACAAGUACCAUUACCACCCACACACACACAUACACACACAAAGAUAUAUUGUUAUAAUAAAGUUUAUUCAUCUCU